UUUUCGUCGUAUUCACGAGUCGUUGGCUGAUACCAGGCUACAUAUAAUGACCAGCUCUCCUCCAGACAUAUCCUCUCUGUCGCUUUCCUCCCAGCAACGUCUUCACGACACUUACGAUUACGAAGGCAACAGUGGCAGCAGGCCUCAUUAUCAUUAUGCAACCUCGCCUGGAAUUCCUGUCCAGUCCCAGUAUAAUCCUUUAACGACAGGCCAGUCCCCCCUCAAGAGCAAACCCCUCCGCAGCGGCCUCCCGACCCAAUGGCUCGACAAUUCAUCAGACGGUCGCUCCCUCUCUCCACAAAACAAUUCGGACUUUUCUUCCGCUGGCGGUUCCCCACCUAUGAGCCAUCUUAAUCCUCCCCCUAUUGCUCCAACUACACCUAUCCAAAAUUCAGAUGACGAGAUCAUCCCUACUGCCAUCGUUAUCAAAAAUAUACCAUUCAAUGUCAAGCGCGAAACUCUCCUUGAUAUAAUUGCUUCUUUGGCUAUCCCUACACCUUACGCUUUCAAUUAUCAUCUUGACCAGCAGGGUUCUUUCCGUGGUCUUGCUUUUGCAAACUUUCGCCAGGCCGCCGACGCUGAUGCCGUCGUCGCUGCCUUAAACGGCUUCGACGUGCAGGGUCGCAAGCUACGCGUCGAGUACAAGAAAGUCCUCCAGGCUAGUGAGAAGGAGCGCAUUGAAAGGGAAAAGGCUAUUCGUCGUAUGCGCUCCAUGCAGCUCGAAAAGGAACACAGUAUCGUUACCCCUGCUUACGAAGACUACGGCGCCGUCCUUUCCCCCGCACCCUUCCCUUCCCAACGAUCUUACUCUUCAGGAGCAUAUCAGCAACAGCAGCAGUAUUCCCCGCCGCACGUCUCGAAUAUCUCGGGCUCAACUUAUAGUCAUGCUCUCGCCUCUGCUCCACCUGCGAUGUCAUCUCAGCAGCCUUUGACUCCCAGCAGCUCAUCUGAUAAAUCAUCUUCUAAUGAAUUAGACCUCAAUGAUCCCUCGACGUUGGAGAUUUACUCUAGGAUCCUGCUAUUCAAGGAUGAUCGCAUGCGCGAUGAGCUUGCAUUCUCUAGGACACUGUCGCCCAAGCAAAGAAGAGUCGUUCAUCUCAUCGCCCAGAAACUCGGCGUGUACCAUUAUUCUGUCGGGGAGGGCGACGAGAGGUAUGCCGUCGUUACUCGCAUCGAUCCCCAACGACAGCAGCAGCAGCAGCAGCAGCAGCAGCAGCAGCAGCAACCUCAGCGGCAGCCCGCGCACACAUUGUCCCGGGCUCCAUCGGCCUAUCUUACCCCUACCGGGUCUACUGUGUCAUCGAACACUCUUCGCGUGAAGAAAUCGAUGCCGGACAUGAAGACCCUUCACUCACAGGCCCCUCGUCUGACGUCUAGAUCCUCGAACGGUAAUAUCCGCGAAGGUUAUGCAACAAUCGCCUCGCCUUCUCGCCGCACCAGUGGCUUCGGCUCCCUGUUUUCCAAUGGCGGUGCCUUUGGCGGGGGUAGUUCUAUUCCUCCGGUGCCUACCCUUCCGUCAUCCAUUCAGACUUCCCUGCUGAAUGGUGGAGGUGGCGGCGGGCAUGAGAGCCCAGGAGGUGUUGUUCGCCAGCCUCGUGGGCCUGGUGUUGGCGGAUUUGGCCGACGGGACAGUCGUGUCGGCGUUAGCGAAAGUGGACCGUCAAGAGGUGGGCUUGAUGCUCAAACUUACGAACCUUUGGAGUUCUGAUGCGGCCCACAGUGCGAUCGGAUAGUUUGGAAGGCGCAGAUGGCAGAGGAGAUUAACAUUCUUUUCGUCCAUCAUCACUCACCCGAACAUUUGCCGUCGCCCGCUAAACAUUGCUCUUCAAUGAAUCCUUGCUCUGGUUUGCUUCUCUC